CCUUCUAACAAGCUGGACUUGAAGUUGAAGUAAAUCGCCUAGUUGAGUGAUAGGUGUCUCCCAGCUGAGCCCUUGGGGAGAUUCUCCAGUUGGGCAGGACACCAGGUCCCCAGAGGCAUCCAGGGGUGGACUCCUUUGCCCCAGUUCAUUGUGAGGGGCAGCUCCUGCCAGACAGGAAGUGGGGAGUGUAGGGGGGUGGGGAGGACUGAAAGGGCCCUCUUUCCUCCUUCGGUCCAGCUCUGGGAAUGGCUGCUUCGAGUUCUUUUUCUUCUUUUAAGCCUUUCUUCUUCGUUCCAUCUUCUCUCUGCAGGAACUACUCCUAUCCUUGGUCUCUGUCCCUCUGUCUCUGGCUCGUGCAUCUGUCUGGGCUCCUAGCCUCCCUCCCUCUCCCCUCCCUUCCCCUCCCCCGCGCUGUCAUUCACCCCGCUCCUCUCUGUGCACAGCCAAUGGAGAGACCCGGCCGAAACGACGAGGCUCCCUCGCUCAGGGCUUUUUCGCCCGGUGAUUGAUGUCCCAGAGUCAACAGCAAACCAGCAGCAGGAGAGUGGAAAGAGAAGCCAGAGAGGGAAAGAAUACUGCACCCCUUCUCUUCCUCCCCUCCCCUCCCCCUACUUGAGCCCUUCUGCGCACUUCGCCUCCAAGUCUCAGCGUAGCCGGGAGCCGCUGUCGCCUCGGCGCCUCUGCUCGCUUACCCCCAGUAGUCCAUCGCGGACCGGCGCCGCCGCCCGGGCCCCCCCCGCGGGGGUCCGGGGCCCCCCAGCCAGCAUGGAGCACCUGGGUCCACACCACCUCCACCCCGGCCACGCGGAGCCCAUCAGCUUCGGCAUUGAUCAGAUCCUCAACAGCCCGGACCAAGGCGGCUGCAUGGGACCCGCCUCGCGCCUCCAGGACGGAGAAUACGGCCUUGGCUGUUUGGUCGGAGGCGCCUACACUUACGGUGGCGGAGGUUCGGCGGCCGGGGCUGGGGCCGGGAGCGCGGGAGCCUAUAGCGCUGGCGGCCCCGGCGGCCCGGCGGGCGGCGGCGGCGGCGCCUGCAGUAUGGGCCCACUGGCAGGCUCCUACAACGUGAACAUGGCCUUGGCGGGCGGCCCCGGUCCCGGUGGUGGCGGAGGCGGCGGGGGCGGAGGCGGCGGGGGUGCGCUGAGCGCGGCGGGGGUGAUCCGGGUGCCCGCGCACAGGCCGCUAGCGGGAGCGGUGGCCCACCCCCAGCCCUUAGCCACCGGCUUGCCCACUGUGCCCUCGGUACCUGCCGUGCCGGGCGUCAACAACCUUACCGGCCUCACCUUUCCCUGGAUGGAGAGUAACCGCAGAUACACAAAGGACAGGUUCACAGGUCACCCCUAUCAGAAUCGGACGCCCCCCAAGAAGAAGAAGCCACGCACGUCCUUCACACGCCUGCAGAUCUGUGAGCUGGAGAAGCGUUUCCACCGCCAGAAGUACUUGGCCUCCGCGGAGCGCGCUGCCCUGGCUAAAGCGCUCAAAAUGACCGACGCGCAGGUCAAGACGUGGUUCCAGAACCGGCGGACGAAGUGGAGGCGACAGACCGCGGAGGAGCGUGAGGCUGAGAGGCAGCAGGCGAAUCGCAUCCUUCUACAGCUACAGCAAGAGGCCUUCCAGAAGAGCCUGGCGCAGCCGCUGCCUGCGGACCCACUGUGCGUACACAACUCCUCACUCUUUGCCCUGCAGAAUCUGCAGCCAUGGUCUGAUGACUCCACCAAAAUCACCAGCGUUACAUCGGUGGCAUCUGCCUGCGAGUAAGCCGACCUGUGUCAUCCUGCAGGACCCCAGGCCUGGUGAGGGGCUACUGAGGCCUGGAAACCAGGCCUCUCCCCUCCUCUCCCAGCUGCCUUGAGCAGAGGCCUCAAGGGGGAUGGAAACAUUGUCGAUGCCCCCCAUGCUCUGCGGACAUUAUUCUGUUUUCCAUGGAAAAGGAGAAAGGCGCACUGGGGACCGGGGUACUUGGCCCCUUCCCAGAAGCCUAUGUGAUGCCACAUCCACCAGAACUGUUCAGAGUCCUCUCAGUUUCCUCGAUUUCAUUUUAUUUUGAUUUUAACAUGGGACCCAGAGAGAGACCAGGGAGGUGGGGGGGAGGGUAGAAGAGCUUCUGGGAUCCCCAGGGAUGCCAUCUAAACUUUUUCUGGGAAACUCCACUCUAUUCCUGCUCCUCAUUAUACACAUGGACACCGGUAAGACCACACAGAGGUAAUGGUUCUGUCCCUUCAGACCAUUCCCAGGGCUGUGCACAGGGACCCAGGGCAGAAUGGCACGCACCUCACCAUUAAACACAGGCCAAGGGUGACCCAGAUUCAUUCUGAACAGCAUGGCCUGCCCCCUACUCACAAAGGCCAAGGCCACACUGUGACACACCAUCCCACACAUAACAGCCUCACUUGGCCUGCUAGCUUCACACCAUGCAUCCCAGCCAUAUCCAGAUACACACAGCCAGGUUUCCACACAAACUCAACUCGUGUCUCCAAAUUCUGUUUGUAGGGAGAGUUUAAGUUAUGCACUUAUAAGGUGUUUUCUGUGUAACCAUUUUAUAAAGUGCUUGUGUAAUUUAUGUGGAAAAAAAAUAAAACUCUCCAGAUCUGGA